AUGUCUCGUACUGACUAUGUCCGUGCUUUACCCCGACGAGCUUCUACCUCUGGUCUGGCUGGCGCUCCCAAGGUGCAGCGCACAUCCAAGACUUCUCAGAAACUAGUCGUAUUGCCAUCUGAACCGCAAACCAAACCACUUGAAGACCAGGACCUAGCAUUUGGCUAUGAGACCGACACUGGAGUUCGCGAAUAUAAGAGCGCAGCAGAACGUAUGACAAAGCAGCAGCGUAAACGCGCUGGCUUCAAGCGUAUCACUGCAUACUGCGUAUGCGAGUCAUUCAACUCCAAAUUGCUCAGCUCCUUUCUCAAACGCGAACAUAAUGUUUCUCCUCGAGUCUUUGAUGAGGCUAUCUACGUGAUGUACCACCUUCCACUCUUGCCAGGUUAUGGACCAAAUUCCAACAUCCGCUCCUCGGUCCCGUCCAAACUAACCACCGGCAAGUCGAUAUUGUCGCGGUUAUCGGAGGCAGAAGAAGAUGGCUACCAGGGUUCCUAUUUUCCAGCCCCCCGUUCUCCAAAAGAACACCAUGACGGCUAUAUCAGCUCUUCGUCUCCUGUGUUUACCCGUCAAACUUCAUUUCCACACGACACUCCUGCCUCCGAGCAAAUACCAGAGACGCCUAUAUUCGAUGCAACAUCGUUGCCACCUAGUCAACGUUCACCAGAAAUCCUGUCUUCUAACGAUGUUCCACCACCACCACCACUUGCAGCACCAGACGAAGAAGUCGCGGAAGUCAUAUUUUUUGAUUACGGGGUCGUCGUCUUCUUUGGGCUCGACGAGAUCCAAGAAAAGAGUGUUUUAGAGGACAUCGUCAAUGCUGGCAUCAUGAAGAAGCAGUUGGCAGAGGACGACUGGGAAGUUGAGGAGUGUCAUUUUGCACAUGAUCGCCAAAUUGCUUAUCCUAGAAUCUACAACGACUUUUUUACCCUCAAGUCGCGUUCUCAUCUACUUAAGCUCUCCAUCGCGCAUGCGCUGGCCCAAAGCACACUCCUUGCUCGUUACGAAACCAAGGCUCAACAGGUGCUUUCAUCUCCGCUUACCUUGUCAAUCCCCAACCAACUGGCGACUUCCGGCGCUUUGCAACUACGACGUCGAGAAGCCCUCCAACUCAUGGGCGAUUUGUUCAAGCUACGGUUGCACGUGAACCUCGUCUCGAAUGUGCUCGAUGUCCCCGAAUUGUUUUGGAGCGAAGCUACACUCAAGGCACUCUAUGACGCUGUUAGGGAGUACAUGGAAAUCAGCGGACGUGUCCAAGUUCUGAACGAGAAGAUUGCGGUGGCCAGUGACUUUCUGGACGCAAUCCACGACCACCUGAAUAACUUUGCAAUGGAGCGGAUUACUUGGAUCAUCAUUUGGUUAAUUGUCGUCGCGAUUCUAGUCGAGCUGGGUGAAGUUGUUGCCCGUCUUAUUGUGCACGCAGAGCCCUCUAAGGAACAAGUGAUGGCAACAUUAGAGCGCAUGAUGUCGUAG